AUGACAAACUCUUCUCGACAGUUUGAUACCUACGUAAGCCGCGGUGUAAUGCUAAACAAUUACGCCAAUAUCUUCGGGCUUAUUAUGCAAAUGCGACAAGUCUCAAAUCACCCGGAUUUGAUUCUAAAGAAACAUGCCGACGGCGGGCAAAAUGUUCUCGUAUGCAGUAUAUGCGAUGAACCCGCGGAAGAAGCAAUUCGAUCCCGCUGCCAUCACGACUUCUGUCGGCGCUGCGUCAAGGAUUACAUGCGGUCGUUUGACGCUGAUUCUAUCGUUGACUGUCCACGAUGCCACAUUUCUCUUUCAAUUGACCUUGAGCAGCCUGAUAUCGAGCAACACGAAGACCAUAUCAAGAAGAACUCGAUUGUCAACAGGAUCCGAAUGGAGGAUUGGACCUCCUCCACCAAGAUCGAGAUGCUCGUUUACGAACUUUACAAACUGCGAAGCAAGAAGCAGACGUUGAAAUCCAUUGUUUUCUCGCAGUUCACGUCGAUGUUGCAACUAGUGGAAUGGCGUCUACGACGGGCUGGUUUCAAUACGGUCAUGCUCGACGGUACCAUGACACCUGCUCAACGCCAAAAGUCGAUUGAUUAUUUCAUGAACAAUGUGAACGUCGAGGUCUUUCUCGUUUCUCUCAAAGCUGGUGGAGUGGCCCUGAACUUGACUGAAGCCUCGAGGGUCUUUAUCGUUGAUCCGUGGUGGAAUCCUGCUGCAGAGUGGCAGAGCGCCGAUCGAUGCCAUCGAAUCGGCCAACGCCGACCGUGCGUUAUCACGCGACUAUGCAUCGAAGAUUCGGUGGAGUCUCGGAUUGUCAUGCUCCAGGAGAAGAAAGCAAACAUGAUCAACGGGACAAUCAACAAGGACCAGGGAGAGGCACUGGAAAAACUCACGCCGGAGGAUAUGCAGUUCUUAUUCCGAGGAUCGUAG